GAAGUGUACACAAGGUUGGAAAAUGAGAACAUGAAGCUAAAGGAUCGAUUAGCAAUUUGGAGUAAGGUUAUUGUUGCAGAAGAAAACGCUGCAACCAUUGCAGUUGUUGCAAAAUAUGUGCCAGCAGUAGUGCCCACCGCCGUCGGUGCAAUGAGGGCUGAGCAAACGCCAUCUCCUGGGCAUUCCCACAGCUUGCCGACUCCAGCUAUUAUAUCACAUGUGAAUGCAACUUCAGCUAAAUUUGAUUAUUAUCAGUGCAAUAGUAUCUUGUCUUGGGCAAAAGCACUAUAGACUGCUGGCACAAAUAAAUCGCCCAGAGAUAUAGCCAACGAAAUA